UUGAAGCCCAAUCAAGCAGGAGAGACCAGCCUCUCCUGUUCCCAGCUGUGUGUCCAUGAAGAGUGACAAGUCUAUGGGUCUACCUCUAAACUUUAGAGAGGGAGACUUUUCUACUGAACAAAGAAACCAACAGGAGAGAUCAGAGUCAGAGAUUCUCAGUGGUCAGUCUUCCCAGAGUCAUCAAACAGACCUGGCCUCCAUAUUCAGUAUGCUUGAAGAGAAAAUUAUGACAUUUGUGAAGAACGAGCUGAAGAUGUUCAAGAGGAUUCUUAGUCCAGAACUCCCAGAAGGCUUUGGGAGUCAGAAGCAGGAAGUGGUGGAUGCUGAAGAUGAGAAGCAGGAGAGCAGUGCCAGAGAGGGGGCUCUGAAGAUCACACUGCACGUCCUGAGGAAAAUGAACCAGAAGGACCUUGCUGACACACUGGAGAAAUAUUCAGAUGAGCUUGCUGUGAUUUGCCAACGUGAACUCAAAUCUAAUCUAAAGAAGAAGUUUCAAUGUGUAUUUGAGGGGAUCGCUAAACAAGGAAACCCAACACUUCUCAAUAAGAUCUACACAGAGCUCUACAUCACAGAGGGUGGAACAGGAGAGGUCAAUAAUGAACAUGAGCUGAGACAGAUUGAGACAACAACCAGGAAACAAGCAAGAACAGAGACUGCAAUCAAAUGUAACGACAUCUUCAAACCCUUAACUGGACAAGACAAACGUAUCAGAACUGUGCUGACAAAGGGAGUCGCUGGCAUUGGAAAAACAGUCUCUGUGCAGAAGUUCAUUCUGGACUGGGCUGAAGGAAAAGCAAAUCAGGAUGUCCAAUUUGUAUUUUCAUUCCCUUUCCGGGAGCUGAAUUUGAUGAAAGAGGACAAACACACUUUCAUUGAACUUCUCAAUCACUUCACAAUGGAAACCAAACAAUCAAGAAUCUCCAUCUACAACAAGUACAAAGUUCUGUUCAUCUUUGAUGGUCUGGAUGAGUGCCGACUGCCCCUAGACUUCCAGAAGAACAAGAUCUGUUGGGACGUCACAGAGUCAACCUCAGUGGAUGUUCUGCUGACAAAUCUCAUCAAGGGAAAUCUGCUUCCCUCUGCUCUCCUCUGGAUAACUACCCGACCUGCAGCAGCCAAUAAGAUCCCUUCAGUGUAUGUUGACCAGGUAACAGAGGUACGAGGGUUCAAUGACCCACAGAAGGAGGAGUACUUCAGGAAGAGAUUCAGUGAUGAGGACCUGGCCAGCAGAAUCAUAUCACACAUAAAGACAUCAAGGAGCCUCCACAUCAUGUGCCACAUUCCAGUCUUCUGUUGGAUUUCUGCAACAGUCCUUGAACACAUGCUGAAACAUAAGAGAGAAAAGAUGCCCAAGACUCUGACUGAGAUGUACACACACCUUGUGGUGUUUCAUACCAAACAGAAGAAUGAAAAGUAUCUUGGGAAAGAAGAGACAGGUCCACACUGGAAUAAAGAGAGCAUUCUGUCACUGGGAAAACUGGCUUUUCAACAGCUUGUGAAUGGCAAUCUGAUUUUCUAUGAAGAAGACCUGAAAGAGGCUGGCAUUGAUGUCAAUGAAGCCUCAGUGUACUCAGGAUUGUGCACACAGCUCUUUAAAGAGGAAUGUGUGCUGUACCAGGACAAGGUGUACUGCUUUGUUCAUCUGAGCAUUCAGGAGUUUCUGGCUGCUGUAUAUGUGUUCCUCUCAUUCAUCAACAACAAUGAGAAUCUAAUGGACAAACUGCAAACAAACAACAAGUCUGAAGUUACUUUCUACAAGAGUGCUGUGGAUAAAGUCUUACAAAGUGAGACGGGAAACCUGGACCUUUUCCUCCGCUUCCUUCUGGGCCUCUCACUGGAGUCCAAUCAGAAGCACUUACGAGGUCUAAUGACAAAGACAAGAAGCAGCUCACAGAGCCAUGAAGAAACAGUCAAGUACAUCAAGGAGAAGAUCGGGGAGAAUCUCUCUCCAGAGAGGUGCAUCAAUCUGUUCCACUGUCUGAAUGAACUGAAUGACCAUUCUCUAGUGGAGGAGAUCCAAAGCUACCUGAGAUCAGGAAGUCUCUCAAAACCCAACCUGUCACCUGCACAGUGGUCAGCUCUGGUCUUUGUGUUGCUGACUUCAGAAAAGGAGCUGGAUGUGUUUGACCUGAAGAAAUACUCCAGAUCAGAGAAAGUUUUUCUGAGGCUGCUGCCAGUGGUCAAAGUCUCCAGAGCUGUUCUGCUGUCAGGCUGUGGAGUCACAGAGGAAGGCUGUGCUUCUCUGGUCUCAGCUCUGACGUCAAACCCCUCACACCUGAGAGAGCUGGAUCUGAGUAACAAUGACCUGAAGGAUUCAGGAGUGAAGCUGCUCUCUGCUGGACUGGGGAAUCCCCACUGUAAACUGGAGACUCUGAGGUCAGUAUUCCUGUAGUUGGUCAACAAGUGA